AUGGUAUUCCAUCACAUCGAUAUCAAGGCAUGUGUCUUAGCCAUAUUGAUCGCAGCCAUCAGUUGGAUUAUUCAUAUUGUUGUUAUCAAGAGACUGACAUCACCGUUGCGCAAGAUUCCUGGCCCACGAACUUGGUCGUUGUUAGGCAAUACGCUGCAAUUAAUGCAAGAAAGCGCUGGCGAUUCUCAUCUUAGGUUUUUGGGGCCAAUUAUCGGGAAUGGAUUGUUUCUGUUAGAAGGGCCAACACAUGCUCACUAUAGAAAAAUAAUCAAUCCUGCAUUUAAAUAUUCAAAGAUUAAAGGUGACGUACAAGUCGGUGUUGCAAUUAAAAUUAUUGACUUUGUGUACACAAAACCUUUAUACGCUAGCAAUCACUUCUGGUUCAGUGAGAUGAUGCCUAUGUUUCAACACUUUACGGAUAUAUUAGCUGAAAAAUGGCGCAAGGAAAUUGAUUCAAAAGACCAGGGAAAGGCCGUUAUCUGUGUACAAGACAAUUUGACUAAACUCACUCUAGAUAUCAUAUGCAAAAGCUCUUUUGGUUACGACUGCAAUGCAUUAACUGACGAGAGCGUCAAAAUAUCUCAAUGUUUCAACACAGUACUGCAAAAUCUUGCGGUCAAUUGGAGAAAUUUUAUUCCAAUGUAUAAAUCAUUGCCUACCCCUGAUAACCUGAAAAUCCGAAGAUCUCUUAAUUUGGCUCAUCAACUUGUUGAUAAAGUCAUCGAAGAAAAACUGCAAGAAACAGAUUCAAUUAAAGAAAGCAGCUGCCUUUUGGAUAGUAUGAUAUCACUAAAACAAGAGGAUAAUACUCCAGCUCUAACAAAACAAGAACUGCAUGAUCAAGUAAUGACAUUCAUGUUAGCUGGACACGAGACUACAAGCGUAGCACUAACAUGGGCAUUGUAUGCCUUGGCUAAUAACCCGAAAAUUCAAAUUAAAGCAAGGCGAGAAAUUAAGGAUGUACUCAACAACUGCGAUGAAAUUUCAUGUGAAAAACUUGAUGAAUUGCUAUAUCUGGGCAACGUCAUUAAGGAAUCUCUAAGACAUCCUGAUUAUUUUGAGGAUCCAGAAAUGUUUAACCCCGAUAGAUGGGAUACCACGGCCAAAAAUGUUAAUCCUUAUGCUUAUCUGCCAUUUUUGAUUGGAUCUAGAACAUGUAUAGGCUACAAGUUCGCCUUGAUGGAAAUGAAAUUAAUACUAGCAAAUUUGCUAGCUAAAUUUUCCUUUAAUAUUGUACCGAAUUUCGAAUUUAAAAGAAGGCAAUUUAUCACAAUGAAACCUGUACCAGAUUUGAAUCUAAUGGUUUCACGAGUGGUUGAUAGCUGA